AAAGAUUCUGCCCCACCCACUCUCUUAUUUUCCUUUUUAACCUCACUUCUUCCUUCUCCUUGGAAGCUUUGAAGGAACGAACAAAACUCUCUCUUCAAACCACAAAUUUGAGUCAAAAAGAGCGGUUUCUCUGUUCAAUUCUUGCGCUUUUUGCAGAAAAUUUGAAGUGGGUCUUGCUUGGUUUUCUGUUUCAAGAGUUUUCAAUCUUUGCUCUUUUAACUUUCCUUGCCCCCAGCUACUUUCGAUUCCAAAAAUUGUUGCUUCAAGUUGGGUUCUGGUUGUUUCGUGCUACAACCCUCCAAAGGCCUCUGAUUUAUAUUCUUAUGAUGGCUUUGUCGAUGAAGAGUUGUCUGUACUCUUAUGGGUCGAAUUUGAAUGAGACUAUUCGUGGCUCAAAACCCAGAGGGGUUUGUGGGUUUUGCCCCUCCUUUGGUUCUUCUCAAUCUAAAGACGCAGAAUCGAGAGCUUUUCCAGUUUUGAGUGUUGAUUUUAUGGGAAAGCCCUUGCAUAUCUCGGACCAAAAGGGCAAAAGAGACUGGAGUCCCAAAUCCUCCGGCAAUUUCUUCAUUCAUGCACAAACAUCAAUCUGUGUAAGCCGAGCCAUGAGAUGGUGGGACAAGACUCUUAAACCCAACAUGGUGGAGAUUCAAUCCGCUCAAGAACUUGUGGAUUCUUUGCUUAAUGCUGGUGAUAGAUUGGUCAUAGUUGACUUCUAUUCACCUGGUUGCGGAGGCUGCAAAGCUCUACAUCCCAAGAUCUGUCAGCUGGCUGAAUCGAAUCCGAAUACGAUUUUUAUUAAAGUUAACUACGAGAAUCUCAAAACCAUGUGUCACGGUCUCCACAUUCAUGUCCUACCAUUCUUUAGGUUCUAUAGAGGUGCAGAAGGUCGUCUAUGUAGCUUCAGCUGCACCAAUGCCACUAUAAAGAAAUUCAGAGAUGCACUGGCGAAGCAUGGGACUGAAAGAUGUAGUCUUGGCCCGGCAAAAGGUCUGAAUGAAGCUGAGCUAAUGAAUUUAGCAUCAAUUGGAGAAAUCUCAAAAUAUCCAGCACCAUUGCGAUCCACCAAGGAAGCAAGUGUGGAGGAUAUGAUCAUGGGAAGCAUAGAUUUGUCUGGUGUUCUGAGGGAAACAGGCAACAAGAUGGAACUCAGGAAAGAGAUGCUGUGUUGAAAUACAAGCACAAAUCUUAUUAGAAAUUAGUGGAUGGAGUAUAGCAUUUCAAUAAUUUUUGAAUUGUUUGUUUAUCGAGCUUUAGAUGUACAUAUAUUGUAAAAUUUUCCAAAGCGGGCUUCUGGUUUUUUGAGUUGAGCCCUGUCAGUUCUUCUGUGAUUUGUUUGGAUAUUGUGAUCUGCUAUAAGAGUUUUCUGAGUUUAUGCA